GCUGAGGGGGUGCUCGGAGGGUCGAGGCUCUGGUGGCAGUGCCGGUCGGUUCCCACCGAGCCUCCCUCAGGCGCCCCUCAGCCGCUUUGUCCCGUUCCUCACCCCCGUCCAGCCUGGCCAGGCAUAAAAAUAUGUGUAUAUCUCUCUGAUUUUUGUUCCUUGCAUACCUGCUACUGCAGCCACCCCGCCUUUUACCUGCGCCCAGCUGUCUGAGGCUUCCUGUGGGCGGGCAGAAGUGCCCCGGCCAAAACAAGUUCAAAUUACUUUGUUCCCUCACGUCCGCUUUCCCGUAGUUCUUCUGCUUUCCUGUAUUCACUUUUCCUGUAUUCACUCCUGUGCCCCCUCUCCCCAGCCGGAGAUGGGCAGUGGGUGAGGCUUGCUGCUGUAUCUCCAGGUGUGUGUCAGGAGUUCUCAGUUCCUCCUCCCUCUGAAUUUCCUCACCACAGGAAGCUGCUUUGCUAAGGGCCAGCUUACACUGACCUAUCAUGGCAUCCAACAAAUUUGUCAUUAAGUGUGGGAACUUUGCUGUCUUGGUGGAUGUUCAUAUUUUGCCUCAAGGCUCCAUUAAAGACACCAGCUGGUUUUCAGAUCAUGAGAAAGAGUGGUUUCUCUUUCAGGAGGUCUGCAAGCUGCUAGAAGAAGUUGUUGCUUCAAGGGUCAGACACUACUUGGAGGCACCUAAACAGCGUGGUCAGUGGAAGCCCAUGGAACAGGGAUCAUCUGGGCCUUUGUUUCUUACCGCCAACAGUUUGCACAUUACUGCCUACUUUAUGAAGAGAUGGGUUAAUCUCCGUUGUGCUCUAGGGAAACAUUAUCGUGAGCUCCGUGUGUUUCCAGAGAAAUUUAUCGUUUGUGUCAGCAAACUUGACUUUGAUCCAAGUGCUUGGACAUGUGACGAUGGUGUAUUGCAGAAAGAAGAACUUUCCAAUGGGACGUCUGAAUAUUUUACUGAAUCUGCUGAGAACAAGAAGCGUAAGAUUAGUCUGAGUGAGCAAAUAAAGCGAGACAUCCUGAGAAAAAUUGUGAAGAGGACAAAACCAAGGAGAAGUAGUGCAAGCAAACCUCAAAUCAGCAAGGACUCCAAGAAAGUGUAUCUUGGCUGGGCAGACUCACAGACAGAGAACAGAGACUGUGAGACUUCUCUCAGUGCUCGGUCUGCUGUGAAACGUAGGAGCCCAGGCCUGCUGAAGGACUGCACAAACACAGCUGAGAGCAGCCUGGGGCUUCCUGUGCUGGAGCAGAGAAACGAUGUUCAUCAGAGAGAGCCAGAAGAGGUUCACAGCCAGCACAAACCUCACUCUCUGGAGUGGUCGGAGGCGAGUCUGCUAAGUGAGAGCCCUCCUUGCAGCUCUGGGACAGCACGGCCGGCUCCUAGACAAAGUCAGAGGGUGACCAGAGCACAGGCUCAGCUCGACAGCCCUGGUUCAGAGGAAGAGUUGGAGCAUUUCACAAAAGUGUCCUCUGAAGGGACUCCUUUAACUUCUAUCAAUACAGAAAUGAGUAAGUGUGAUGAUCAUUGUUUGAGUCCAUUCCUCGAGGAGAAGACACCUCUUAAUUCCAGGUUGUUUUCAAAGCAAGACGUGGCAAAGACUGUGGUUGACAAGAAGUCACUGACUUUGAGAAAAAGUCCCUCCUGGUCUCUUUUUGUGAGCAGCAGUGGAGUGCAGACAAGCCAAAGUGAGCCAAGCACAGCCCCUGAAGAGCUGCCUGCAGUGCCAACAUCAGGUCUAGAACUGCACCCCGUGUCUUCAGAGAAGCUUUCCCAAAAAAGAAAAAAAGAAGUGGAAAAUGGUCUCGGGAAGUUAAAACUGCGAAGGCUUAAGAAGUCAAAAUCUGAAAUACUGCCUUAAUAGCAUGGGUGGUCAGCCAAGGUUGUGCCUAAGCAAAGAGCAGGAAGCAAUUCAAAAUGAUGGAAAACAAUAAAAAUACAAAAUCAAAAUUAGAGAACACAUUAAGAAAAUUUAGUUACCUAAGGAUCUUAGUCAUUUGGCACUGUAAUAAAGCUCUUUGGGUGAUGUUUCUCAGUGCUUUGCAGUCAGGUUGCAAAUCCUUACCCAGCUCCAGGCUCUGCUAAAAGGUCUUUCCCAGUACCAGCAAAACCAAGGCUGCAAAUAACCUGGUUUGGAGGAAGAAGAGCCUGAGUAACCCGGGUGGAGGAGAAGAUGUGGGCUGAGGGAACGGCCAUGCACGGAGCCUUUCAUCAGAGGAUAUCAAAGUGCUGCAGCUGAACCUGCAGGGAGCUGGAAGUGCUUAUUCUGACAGCUGGGGCAGCACUGAGGGAAGAACUGCUUCCAAGGAGGCAGUAAACUAAACAGGCUCCAGUACCUGCCCUGUGUGGUGUGUAAGUGUGAAGAGUAGAAGCAGCACCCAGCCAAAGUAGAGUAGCCACGGUGGAAAUCUUCUAAAGUGAAUUUUCCACCCGCUUGGCUCUUGCACUUCCCGUGAGGACCACAAACAUUGGAAGAGAUGUAGCGAACCCCUUCGGGUGUGCUGUUGGAAGCCACUGCCACGGUGCAGCUGUCAAUUACUGCAGAAAAGCAGAGACCAGCAUGAGAAUUACCCAUGCAACCCGAUUCCUCAAGAGCAACAUUUUCACUUCCAGCCACGGACGUUUAGAAGACACUCAUGCCAUUGAAUCAUUUAGGUUGGAAAAGACCUUUAAGGUCAUCGAGUGAAACCAUAAACAUAUGACUACAAAUAUGUUUGCUGCUUUAAAAUAACAUUGGACUCUGCCAACUGUGCAUAAAAUAAUCACAGCAUCUUAUCUGAUGGCUGCUGGAACACAUCCAUGGCCUGGAAUAAAUGCAUCAGGCUAUGUGCUACCUGUGCUUUCUGUCCACAUUGACAUAACGCUGUCUUUCAAUGGCUGAUACUUACAAAUAUCACUCAUCUUUUCACAUGGAGAGAGGCUUAAGGCAGAGGGCAAAAUUCAGCCUCUUUACAGCAGAGCUACUCCAGUGACUCCCCUGCUGGAGCUGCGUUAGGGCUCCAGCGAGGGCAGGGGCAGGAAGCAUUGCCAGGCACGGCCCUUCACCCGCAGGGCAGCACGAACCUUCACACGGAGUGGUGCGGCAGUGAUCCUUCAGGUGCGAGCAGUUCUUCCCUUCGUAGUCCUCGGGGCAGUUACAGAAAUAGUCCAUGGCAAGAUUGAAGCACUGGGCGCCGUUCUGGCACGGAUUUGGUUCGCAGUAAUCUAUGUCCAGCUCUCUGGAACAGCACUGGAUGAAGAGAAGCCAGUUCUUACCUAGCUGGCACGUUUUGCCAGUCCACUGAGGUGGGCAGAUACACUUAAAUCCAUCAACUAGAUCUUGGCAAGUUCCUCCAUGACCACAGGGAUUUGGAGAACAAUCAUCAAUAUCUGUAAUGCAGAAUAAGGAGAGGCUUAGCUCCACUACCAGACUGGCAAUGGCAGUAACUGACAAGUCUGACAAAUGGUUGCUGCUACUCAGGUUUUCCCUGAGGAACAAAAGAACAACAGGACUUGUAAUUUACAGGUUAUCUUUGAUUUCAGCAAAAGCCUCAUUUAAAGAGAGGAGUAAUGUGAAAAGGGUAUUCAAAACACUGGGGGAAAAGUUUACCCCUGUGGCCUUUUUGCAAGUGGAAGUCCUAUUUGGAUCCAGCAAGUCCCUCAAACCAGCAUUUUUAACAACAUGCCAGAACACUACAAAACUCCAGCCUUGCGCUUCUUUCAAAAAGCUUUGGACUAUUCCUUUCCCAGUAGUUGACAAAACCCUUGGCACAAGCAAAGGGGAAUAGAGUGCACAGGGGUGUAAAAAUGGCUGCCAGGAUGCAAUGCUCAGGCUGGGAAAGGUUAAGUAGUCUGCCCUGUAAGGUUAUGAGGGAUUAGAAAGACUGAUCAAAACCAGCAAACUGGCACGUUUGUAAUAAACACUGAAAAGGACUCACUGUCAGUGCAAGUUGGUCCAGCCCAGCCAGGAGCACACACACAUUCAAAUCCCGUGGACGUCUCGAGGCAGCUUCCCCCGUUGUGACACGGGUCGGAGAGGCAGGCGUGCUCCGCUGCACAGGGACAGAAGGACAUCAUGGCAGAGGCUACAGCAAUGCCACCACAAGCCCCCCCUGCUCCCUCCAAUGCUUCUGCUCUGGACACGCCGUCAGCACUCUCGCUGCACCGUGCUCCUGCAAGAGCCAGGAAUUUGCUGGCUCGCAGACAGCCUCGUUCCAUGCUGAGCUCAUCAGCACACCGACUGGCACCUGCUGGAGCCACAGCCACACAGGGUGGCCACAGUGACCUCUCCAGUGAGCAGAAGGCUGAUGUCCCGAGACACCAAACGUUCAUGACAAAGCAAGAGAAUAGGAAAGGCUGCAUCUUUGUACCUAGCCCUGACUGGGUACACUAUAAAUUUAAGUUUUCCUCCAUCUCAUACAGUGCAUCCACAACCAGCCACCAAAAGCUGGCAAGAAUUAACUGUCAGGCGGCAGCUCAGCAGCUCCAUCCAACACUUACCAAUUUCACAGUUCUGUCCUGAGUAGCCCUCAGGGCAGGAACAUUGGUAUUUGUCAGGGCCAGUGUUGCUGCAGGUACCACCAUUUAGGCAGGGUGGGUGGGUUCCACAGUAGUUCAGAUCUGCAAGAGGGGAGGAGCAUUAAAGCCAGGCUGGAAGUUACAGGAACAUGACCUGCACACCACGAGCUUUGUUGUGCUAUCCCAGAGCCUUUACAGAAUGGUGCCCACAGAGGAGUGGGACAGGACAGGGACGAGCUGAGGACAGAUGCUAAGCAUGCUGGAACAGCAGUGGGAGCAGGGCAGGCAGCUGAGGGCCAGCACGCUUCAGCAGCCCCCUGAGCCCCGGUGCACAGUGUGCCAGCGCUGACAUCCCCGUGUGACACGGCCGUCUGGGAUCAGCAUACCUUUGUCACACAGCUGACCACCCCAGUUGGUUUCACAGAGGCACUGCCAUGGUUCAAUGCAAGUGCCAUGGACACAUCCCGGGUGUGGAAUGCACUUAUCACAGUACUGGCCUUGCCAUCCAUACUGACACCUUCAGUGAAAAAGAAAAAAAAAGGGAAAAAAUCAGAACAAGGAAACAAAUCCAAACCCAUCAUAACUGCUGUGUGUAGAUACAAGUGUGCAACUCCAAAGCUUGAAGAAAGGCUGGGAAGUGGGGGAGAAGGGCAGGAUGAGGGGACGGGAGAAGCUAUUCAAGGAUUGUUUGAUGGUUUCUUGUAAACAAACAUUUUGGUAGUUUUGCCAAGGUCUCUGUAGCCGGCCUCCUGACAAAAGAAUAACUGUUCUGAGAAAACCAGCAUGAGGCCAUUCAGCACAAUAACACUCUUUUGGAGCCUCAUAUAAAUGUGGCAGAGAGGGUGGGUGUGCACUACAAAUCAAUCUCUGGACUUUGACAGGGUGCUUUAUAAAUUGAGGGGGGAAGAAAAAGUCAGUGGAAACAAUAGUUAUCCAGAGAUCCUCAUGAAUACAAGGUUCCAGGCGUUUCAGCCACGCUGGGUUUGCAGGAAGACAAACAAAACCAUAACCAGCAACUCUGAGCCCUUGGCAAGGCAGUAGCAAAACAUGAGGAGUUCGCUGCUCUAUCAGAAGCCACCCUUAUUCUGAAUGGACAGACACACAGAGCCAGCAUGGACUGGGCCACAGUCAGGGAUGGAAGAAAGCAGCACAGAGGGUUUUACACGUGUUCAGAGAUCAGCUGUCAGUGUGCUUCUGAGUUUGAUUUAUGCUAAUAACCUCUUUUCAGGGAACACUAAAUCAUGUCCAGUUCUGAGAAACACUGAUGUCUAGAGAAUCUACUACUAUCUGAAUUCUUUAUUGUCACCAUCAAUGAGCUACCUGAAUUCUCUACUUAAAAGGAAGAUGUUCUUUUAAAGUAAAGCCCCCUUAAGGGAAAGCUUAUUUUGGCUUUCAUUUAGUUCUCACUAGCAAGACAGACCAAGGAUCCUUCAGAUUAAAGUGGAUCUAUAGAUAGGAACAAGCAAAACAAGUUGAAAGUUAAAAGCAAAGGCUUUUUGAGGUACUGUAUUUCAUUAACAGGUCCUGAGAGUAAUUGAUCAGCUGCAAUUAUGCACUAAGCUGUUACUAAAUUAUGAAAACAAACCUCAGCUCUACAGAAGUCAGCUAAGCUUUCUAUUUGUAAAACCCCCCACCAUUCUUCUGCUGGCAAUUUCUUCUCAUGGGAAAAAGCCAGAAGGAUCACUCCAAUGGAUAAUCACACACAGCCAGUGGAUCAAUAUGAACAUUUUUGUAACCUCAGAAGCUCUCAGUUAUAAACAAAAAUGAAAAAGGGUUACAUGCAGCAACUUGGAACCUGCCUGUUGAUAAAGAAAACCCACAUUUAAUAUCCACUACUCCUCCAAGGAUAAGAGACAAGACUUCCCUGUGCUGUAAAUAUGCGCUGCAUAUUUUAAGGCAUUCCAGAUAUUUAAUUGUUGGGUUAUGGAUAAAAUCUGCUUUCCAUUGUCUCCUUGCCAGGACAGAAGGGACUUCAAAGCACAGCAACAAAAUUCGGCAUUCAUCAGAGCCCACUGACAAGGUUUCAUCCCAGCCAUUAACCUCUCAGCACUCGGAGCCAGGCUCACAAUGGGAAAGGAACCCAGAGAUUUAACUAAUCCCACUCUAAAGAAUGCUUGACUUUUGCCUACUGAUGGAAGAAACCAGGGGGUGGGAGGGAAGAAGGGGGAAACACUGAGAGGGAGAAGAAGACUGAAAAGCCACACUGUACUUCAAGCUUGGAAUUGAAGAAAAACCUAUUAAUCAGGCUGCCAGAAAAAACAUAGCCACCAAACAUUUGCACUAUUUAUGCAGAAACAAUUAGUUAGUGCUCAUUAGGCAGCAUUCACGCGAUUUAUCCCAUAGCCCCCUCUCCCUCAGUGCCACCACUUCACAGACCAAAAGCUUCUUAAAAUUAUCAGUGCAUUAAAAGCCUGCUCCCCCCUUAUUCUGGGCAAGUCAGCAUGAAUAAUGUGUCUUGCUCAAAACCACAACUUCCAAAACGCCCUCCCUCCCCAGUCCUGUUGUGUUUAGCAUCACUUGUUUAAUUAGCUGGGGAGGGGUGAGGGGAAAGCAAGGAGAGAUAGGAAGCAUUUACCUGCACUCUCCCGGAAUUGUGCAAGAACCGUGCUUGGGGCUACAUCCCUGACGACAAAUAGCUGUUAAAACAACAAAAAAGAAGAGUAUCAGCACACUGCCCGCUUCCGGCGCCUUCGCACUCGUGGGAACGUUUUAAUCUCUAACCAGCACUGUAAUCCUGCUGAAUCCAAGUUUUAACCAGUAUCUCCUAUCAAGUCUACCGGAAGGAAAACCAAGGUGAUCUGGGCCACUCUCCCUGGCUUUACACCUAAUUCAAAGCAGCUUUUAACUACUCUGGAUUUAGUUCUGGCUGUAUCUCUGAACAGAUAGGAUAUCAAGAUGAGCAACAAUUCAAAUUGCAGUCCAGGUCUUGUGACUCAAACGAUCUGACACUGCCUUACGACCUGCUGCUACCCUGCACUUGACUGCUGAGUGAAAGUUUAUCGUAAAACAGCCAAAAUAUCCUCGCAGACGGAGUUCAAAACCAGCAGUGAGUACAUGGGAGCAUAAUCCAGCGACAGGAGAAUCUGAGGUAGGAAGGCAGUUUGCCAGCGAUGUGUUAGCAGCAUGUGAAGUACUGGCACCUCUGAGUGUUAAGAAUUAAAAUGUACUGAUAUGCUGCUUGUUCUUCCAACAACUACAAAAGAACCUUCUGGGAUUUUACACAAGGCAGAGCUGAAGACUAAUGAAGUCGCUACUAAAGCCAUAAGAUGACACAUGGGCAGUUUUUAAUCCAAGAUACUUUAAAAUGUAUUGCUAAGGACCUUUGAUUUGCAGUUUUCAGUAAAGAACUUCCUGACAGGCUUCUCAAGCCUCAGAUACCCAUUAUGGAUCCACCACUGGGUCCUGCCUGCUUGUCUGCAGUUUAGAAUGAAGUCAAAGCUCUUGCUGCACAGCCACACAAGAGUGCCAAUACUCAGAGGUUGUGAGCAUCUGCCCAUUUUUGGGGGUAUUUGUGACUUAAGACUAUAGCAUUCAUUAUGUGUUUACAGUGUGAAAUUAAGGGCAACAACUUCUUAUUCACCUUCUGGUAUUUCUUGUUCUAUAGUAUUUUUCCAUUUAAAUCAGUUUUUAUUAUUCACUGGCACUAAGCCCCCAACUCCACAACUAUGUGUCAGACUUUCAAAUGCAGGCAGGCCUUUAUUAAUUUAAAUCCCAUUCACAGGUAAUGUGGAUGCCUAAGGACCUUUCCAUACUGGUACAUCCAGAGCAAUAUCACGCUCUGUGCCGUGCAGGUGUAAGGCUCUUAGAUCUCAUCAGCAAGAUUAUUGACUAAUUCUAAGAGGUACUUAAGCAGAUGCAUAUCUGCUCCUCUUGAAUGGGGCUAGUCUGGCAAUUACAGUUCCACUCAUGCGUGCUGGAGAUGGCUCUGCUGCACUUGCCAAGAUUACACUCCAUCCACAGCACAGCUGGAAAGCAAAGGCACUUCCCAAACACCAAGUGUGCGUAAAGACAUCCUGCUCCUUGGGAGUGGAACAACUUUAUCCUCUCCUGUAAGUGGCAGAAGGAGAACGACACUCAAUUUAGUUUUGCGAACCAGCCCCCCCACCUCCACCCCCACAAUCAUUCUUGCUUUUCCAGUCUUUUCCUGUUCCCCCUUGGGAACAUACCACUGACAACUAUUUCAGUCCUUGGCACUAGAAAGGGAGUUGCCUUGAAAAAGUGAUCUUUCCUUCUGCCCCUGCUUUCACUCUUCUCCUAUCUGCCAGCUCAUCAGGAAGCUUGUCCUUGCUGUACAUCUAUGACCUCUCACUCCAGCCAUCAGCUCUCUGGAGACCUUAACCACAGCCUAAACUCAAACAGAAACACCCUUUUAAGUCCACUGGACUUCAUCUUUUUUUGCAGGUGCUCAGAUGAAACCCAGCUGCAGUUUCUCUCUGGCUCAUGGAUAAAAUGUCUUCCAUUGGAUACACAUUUUCAAGCUACCCCCAUCCACCUGAAUUCAAGCGCAGUCUCUCGGGUUUGAGCUCCCUUUCCAUUAUUCCAUUAGCCAGCACCCACAGUUUUCACAAUGAAGCGCUGGCAUGUUCCUUCUUGUACAAGAGCUCCUCCACCCUCGCCUAUUCCCACCUGUCAGUGUGCACUUACACAAGGGUGCUGACCCAGACUCCAGGGGAGGCAUUGCAACAGCCCUGCCAUUCUUAGCCGCACCAGCCACCGUUUCAGUUUUAUAGGAAGCAAUCCCCACACAGCAGAAUGGUUAAGUAAAUAAAAAGCAGCAGUCAGCCAGGCUUGAGACAAAGGGAUCUUCUGAACUCCACUGCCUUCAUCUGACUCAGAACCCCAUGCUUUGAUGGAAAGGUUAGAGGAAGCAUUAACCCAUUAGAAACUGAUGAAGUGGAAGAGAGAGGCUUUCUGUACACCUCGGGCUUCCGCUCCACACUUCACUGUCAGAGACUGUUGGUGUUAUUCACUUCUUGUGGCUACACUUCAAAGCUCUAAAUCCCUCUUUUUAUUCAGUGGGCAACUGUAUCAAAGGUUUUAGACACAAGGAAAUGAGCUAUUUUGACUGCCCACCUUUGCCUUUCAGUGCGCCAAUGCCUGGAAAUUAUAACUAUGCAGCAUCAGGAAGCAAAAACAACAACAGAAAAAGCCCAGACUUCUCUGAGCAGUUUGGGUGGCCAAGGACAGCACAGUUAUUUUUGAAAGUCUUUGUUUCAGACAACUUCCAGCCACGGCUUGGUUUACAUUGUGAAGUCUCUUAUGCCCGCCUGGAAUUCACAUGCAACUGAUACCAGUAAUUUACAAUAGCUCUUUGACAUAGUUUGAGAUGCAAUGUCAGCCCAUUAGCUUUAUGUAUGAAGCAACAGUAGCAAGAUGGCAACCAGACAAGAAGCAGAGUAAGAAAACCAUUUGAGUUGAAUCUUGGCUCCAACAAAGCACAAUUCUCAUCAACUUCAACAGGGCCAGAUUUUAACUGCAAGCCACUCUUGGAAGUGAGACAAGAGAGAAUAUGUGGUAAAGCGAACGUAGGAGGAGAGGAAUGUAGAGGGGAGAAGGAAGCAUCCACUCGAGGAUCUUCUAACAACUGCAUUGAUCAGAGGAUGCUUUCAGAGCUAUUGAAAAGCCACACAAGGCCACUAAACCCACUUUUAUUGUUGAGAGCUCUCACGGGGUCUUUACGAUUCAGUGGCAAAAGAAAAUCCUGGACAUCAAAAAACCCCUCUCUUCUCAUUAUACGAUGACAAUUGUUUAGUUCUAAUUGUUUUCUUAACUAGUUCUUCAAGCCUUACUCUGCAGCUCUGGGAAAGCUGACAGUCAAGCCAUGCAGCACAAAGGAGAAGUUUUGUGCAGUGCAGCGACUGGAGUGACCUACAGAUGGGUAAGUGACAGCAGAGCUGGAGCAGGAAUGCAGAUCAGGAACAUAUGCAAGAGCAUGUCUGUACUUGGUCAAAUGCACUGCUGAGAAAUGAGGCAAUUUUGUCUGAAGACAAUUGUACUUCCAGAACAUGAAAGCAAAGAAAGGGUUCAUUGUGUAGCUUUGGAAAUGAAGUUGUUUCAUGAAAAAAGAUGAGCUCUAAUAAUAGUAAAAGUGGCAGAGACCCAGUCUGAAACAACUCUCAGAUCCUACUAUAAACAAGAAUUUCAUUUUGAAUUCAGGCAUCUUCCAUUUUUAAUAUUUCACUGCUGCUGCAGCAUCUACUUUCUUCUCCUCCAUAUAACACUCUAUAUCCAAGAAAUCCCCCAGCCACUGCUCCAUGACUGUGCUGGGACAGAGUCUGAAAUCACUGCAGGUACUGCAGCAGUGCUGUAUGAGGCUGUUGUGGCUACCCCUAACAUGCCACAUGACUUAGUUCAAGCAACAACUGCUUUUCUGGCAUGAAGAAUUAACAAGACACCCCAUGUACAUGUAAAAAAAUAUAAGGGGCAGAUCUACACAGAGUAGUUCCCAAGCUAUGCACUCCUCACCAAUUAAAACAUAAAAGCACAGCACUGUGCACACUUCUCCAAGGCCUUUCUCUCACAAGGCGUGAAGCCCAUUUCACUCCUGCAUGGCUGCCACCUUGGCACUCCAAAGCAGAGCACAAGAAGCUGCUGUAAGAUUUCUGUAAGAUGGACCCCAGUGCUGCUGCUUCCUUGCUGAAGGAAAGGCCUGUUGGUGUCAACAACAGCUUUAUGAGUUGAGAUUCGCACUCUCUCCUGUGGCUUUUACCACACACACACUGUUAAAGCCCUAGGUUGAAAUAGACCUGAUUUUGUCCACCUCCUUCAGUAACAGCAGGCAAAAAGCAGAGCAGCUCAUGUGCCAAGAGACCCUGUGCAGCUUCCUCUAGCCACGGGAAAAGCUGAGCAGAAUGGUUCUGAAACCAACCAGAGACAUUCCAGGAGAAAGAUCCCCACCCUUGAUUUUCAGCCAGCCCUACCAGGUGGUGUCUGGUAAAUAUUUUUUCAGCCCCUGCAUAUAAACCCCCAGACAUCCAAGUCCCAAGGAAGAGCUUGUAGUAACUCCUCUUUCUCAUCUACAGUCAUUAGAUGGAUACGGAUAUCAAGUCUUAUGCAGAUUUUAAGUUGUUUUCUUUCUUUAAAGCAGUACAUUCAGUUUUGAGAAGUGCUUAGUUUAUAGAGAGGUGUCAGGUGAACAAGACUUGGGCUUCUGAAUAUUGGUCCUAAUUAAAAAGAACAAAACAAGACCAAAAAUGUCAAAGAAAGAAACCUGAAUAAAUCCUUUGGCUUUUACUCUCCCAGAGGAGAAAGAAGGAAUUAACUGCAUCUAUUUUUAGGCAUCACACUGUUGGUGCCUAGGUGAGCAAGCUACUCACCCUCUGCAGGCAAUGUGAGUGAGACAGGCUGCUGCAGGGUCUGGAGAACUGCUCCAAGCUGUCUGGGGGAGAGCUUUUCCCUCUCCUUGUGCUCUAACUCACAGCAAGCCGGUGAGGUUCCCAGAGGCCUUUCAGUGCCCGGGACACAGAGGUGUCAGAACUAAAUACGCAGAGGAAGGAAUACUUACUUGUGGAGUUAUCAUUGUAAUCCCAGGCCUCAACAAGCAAUGUGUAGGAUCUCUGCAAAAGAGAAAUAAAAGUUAGUUUCAAAGCCACACACGACUAAGGGAAAGGAAAAAAACCUGCCAACAAUUGUAAUUAGAAAAAUUCUGGUCUCUACCCCAAAGCAGAUACUUGAACACAGAAAUAGGUAAAAGAUUAUGCUUGAGACAAACAUGAUCUUCUUGAAACCCCGUAAGCUACCUUAUCCAGUCUGACUUAGAAGACCUUUCACCUUGGGUAGCUCAUCUUUGUUAUCAUUAAAGCAUCUUAUGUACUUAACCAGGAAGUACAGCUUUUGACACUGCACUCCAGCCGAAAUAAAGCAUGUGGGACAAUUGCACAUGGAAGACAGAAAGCAGUGGGAUAGCACAGCAGCACCAAAAACCCCCAAACCAAACCCCCCUCUCAAAAACUGCUUCAAAAGAAUUUUAGUUACGGAAAAAUAGUCUCGAUGUCCCUUCCCCCAGCCAUCCUGAAAGCAAGAAGUGUUGCUAAGAUUACUGUGCCCUGCCUUGACAGGGCAAUCUCCAGGGACUUUGCUUUUCAGCACCCCCUUUGAAAGCUUUGUCUGCACGAGGGCCAUCGCAGCUCCCACAAGUAUCAGGUAACGGAGGGAAGGACUGAUGGAUGUGGAAGGGGGUGGGGUGAGAGAGAAGCACUGUAAAACAAAGGCUGAGAUCAGCCUCCUUGGAAGAGCAGGGAAAGGGAAGCCGCGCUCUCCACCCGUGUCCCUUCUACAGAUGCUCCAAGCUGCCAAUGAGCUCUGUAGCACUCCAGCAAUAAUAAUCAUAAGCAUAAACUGACUGAAGUGACUCCACGGGCUGGAAAGAUGCCAGCUAUUACAUCUAAGCCACCUUUAUCUUCAAUCCUAACUUGAGAACAAGACCCAUUAAAACAUCUCCUCCUCCUCCUCCAGCUCUACCCGAGAUAUUAUUAUCCAGGCUGUAUCUUUCAAAGUUGCCAUUUAGCCAGCCACAUCCAAACUUACACAAUGAUUAAAAACCAAAACAAAACACCUCCUCUCCAGAAGGGGGGAAGAAAAAAAAAGCUGAGGAAAAAUAAGCAAAAAAUAUUACUUGAAAAGUAAAAAAAUAUAACUACAGAUAAGGCAACAAAUGUAACAUCUAUCUGGAGAGCAGAACAAUAAUACGGCAAAUAAAAAUUCUGUGAAGAGUGUUGAUGCUUUGCCAUAGCAACUGUGCACUGCAAGGUUUAUUUCUCCUUAAUUGUGUCCAUGUUCAGUCACAGGCUGCUCAUUUCUGGUCUGCAGUGCCUCUGUAACAGAGACCAAAAUACAGUUCCGAGAGUGAGCUGCUACAAGGUGCACAGGGGUAAGGCAGACCUCAGAUUUCUGAAGAGGAGAGGAAACAAAAAAGGAGAAAAAAAAAAAGAAAAAAGAGAACAAGAGUUGGAGCAGACUGCUUUCUCACGACUGGACACAGCAUGAGGCUCUGAAUGAAAACCCAGUUUGUGAUGGACACUGGCUUGCUGUAUAGCCUAAAUAUGUUUCAUAUUCAAAGCAGACCAGGACUCCAUUCUGUUCACUGAUAACUGUGGGAAAAUGCUUCCAAAAGUAAGCAAAGCUGGGCAAGCCAAGACAUGCGCUCAAACUUCUAUGCAGAGGCUCCAUUGGCCUGAACCAUUUUUGGUUAAUAUUUCAUGAAAAGUUAUAUGUUACUUGUUUCUAUUCUAGACCAAGUCUGACAACCUGAAAGAAACUCUGAAAAUCAAAUAAACCAAAAUGCAACUCAGUCAUCUAACACUGCUUAAAACAGAUUUAAAAAAUCCUUGCACAAGUCAGUGGUGAAAAAAAAAGAAAGAACCAAAACAAACAAACAAAACCAGAAUAGAACUCCCGAGCCAUAUUACAGAUGCAGAUUGCACUAUCUUGGGUGCUUCCUCAGUGGUUUAAUUACCAACAUUAAGCAGCACAAGCUCAACAUGUUACUACAAGCUUGACAAAAAAUAUUAUGAUAUAGAGAAUGAAUGAUGGCAACUAGCACUACUUCCAAUAAAGUUAAGGAUGUUUUCCUUUCGGCCUUGCAUAAUUGUUUUGGAAGAUAUUUUGUCUAAACUCAUAGCAACAGUUCCCUGCUGGUUCUCAGGACUAUUUACCAACACACCUAGCCCUUAAGGAAAGGCUGAAUCCUAGCUGUGAGUGCUACUGUUGCUAGAUACUUGUGUGACCACUUUCCACUACCACACAGGAGUUUGGUUAAAAGAGAGGAGAUGCUUCAGCUGAACUGGAUGGAAACAAAAUGCAGAGGCGACAGACCUACCCUGGCAAUUCCAUUGUUUCCAACUGCCCCCUCUCAUUUAGUCUAAAUGUAUUAAAUGAAGAGUCCCUGUCCUGGAAAAGGGUGAUAUAAAGAAUGGCAUUUGAUCCCUUGGCUCUGUCCCUCUCAGCAUGGGGAAAAGACCAAAAAAACCCAAGACUUUGUGUUCAGGAUGGGACACUUUUAAACAAAAGCCACACAGACACCAGAGCCUCACACCAGUAGCAAACCCCCUUCAACAAUCCAACUAUCACAUACCUCUAGCUAAUUCCCUCAGCCCCCCCAGAAAAGCAGUUCUGUACAAGGCUGCACUGUUGAGAUUUUUUAGAAGUGCAUAUCAUCCCCACUCUAUAGAUCAAGGAUUCAGAUAUCUCAGGAAUGACUGCUCACAGUGUGGAGGUUUAAGUUUUCCCAUGCCCAUAGAUGACCUCUGCCCAUCUUUGAAUAAAUAUAUAUAUCUAGACAUAAGAAUUCCACAUCAUGCACCUUAUUCCAUCAAAGUGAUGUCCUAGGCAACAAGGCAGCAGUGAACUUUCCAGAGUCACACCCAAUUAGCCACUGUAAACCUGAGCUUGACCAGAAGGCAGGGAUUCUGGCUUGAGAGGAAAGGCAGCUUGAACGGAACAGCAAGUCCUUAAACUUUGCAGAUCAGUCCAGAGGCUGAAAGGCAGCAUGGCCAAAUUUAAGCAGAACUUCAGUGAGUGAAGCUAGGAGAGGAUGGAAAUGGUUAAGUUCACUCUCCAAGAAACAAAGCAAGCAUCAGUGUGCAAGAGCUGUUUUCCUCAAUGACACGACACUGUGUCUUGAUCCACUGAUAGUACAGCUCAAGAGACUGUGCAGACCCAAAACUCACCAGAAAUUGUCUCUUCUAAGGAUCUCAAAGGGCAAUGCAACCUCCUUUCUGGUUAUUUAAAUGAAUCCUGGCAGCUGCAGGUAAACAGGUGUUUAAAGCUCUCUGCUUGAUUAUCCUCUUCCCUCCCUUCAUCCAGACAUCCACCCAAAGGAGGUGCUUUUGUACUCAGGCUUCUGAAGGCACUCUGCGAGUCAGUGGGCCAGAGCAAGAUUAAAACAUCCGGCUCCUCAGCGAAGUGCUGCCUCCGUUUUCAAAGGGCUCGCAACCCGUCUAACUCCUUUCCCUCCUACCCCUGUGGUUAGAGCAUGCAAGAGCCUUGCUGAGCAUGUGAAACCAUGACUAGACAAAUGCAGUGGGAAGUUUUGCAUUCAGAGCGCUGCGCCUGCUCCUCCUCUGCCAAACAAGGAGAGCAGGUUAAGCCCAGCCGCCUUCUCCUCACGCUCUGCACAGCUGCGAGCACCGCCUGAGAACCGAGCUCACACACACCCUGUCUGCACCAGGGCGGGCGCUGAGGACACGGCACAGCCGGCCACAGGUGCCCAGCUGUGACACGUGCAACAGGGAAACUGAGGCACGUUUCAGCGUGCCCAGGGAGGAGGGCAUCUCUGAGCAGGGUUAAAGCUAGCCACAAACCCACUUCCUCUGACCAUCACCAGGACUGUCACUCCACGAUGACAACACAACUGUGCCACGGUCGGUCAACUUUGACAACUGAAUGUCCUUCAAAGGAGUUAAAGGCAACUGGCUCCUCACCCAGAGGAUAUGCGAACAUACUCCAGAAAAGGAGGAAAGCCACCUAACCCUCUUAACCUUUUGUGAAAUGGAACAUCAUCAGGAAGCUCUUCUUUGGGACAGUCUACGUAAGGACAAGACAACACCCUACAGAGCUGUUACUCCCUCAACCCGGUGAAUAUAAACACAGCCCAAGCCAUGGCAAUCUCUCUCACGCCUCAAAGCCUAUGGCCAAGAGCUCUGCUGAACCCCGAGCAGGCAGCCCAGCCAAGAGCCUCAUCAGAAUAUGCCCACACCAAACACAGCAGCUGCUCCUUUAGGCUUCAUUCUGAGCAGCUCCUUUGUUGCUCUAUGUGCCAGUAAACCCUGCACUGCCACAGAAAGGAGACACGAAAACUAACUGAACCAUAGCAGCAGCGCCAGGAGAGACCUGCCCCCCGUCCUGCCUUGGCAAGGGAAGGCAGCAGCCGAAGUCAAGACCUUCGUGCAGCACCACGGCCACCCUCCUGCCAAAUGAUGAAGGACACAAAAGUACCGCUAUCCAAACUAUGCAUGCGCUUAAGCAUCCAGCAAACCAGGCUGAUCUCUGAUCUGGCAAGCCUGCUGGAAUAAUGAGUAUCCUGUGAAUACAUAAUGUGCUGAAGUUGCCAUUGUGUGAAGUAAGUCCAUGGUUUGUCUGGGAGCCGAGCAAUGCUGAGUCUACUGCUGCUUCCUGUUGCUUGUCCUGUAUUAGCAUUAUUUUUGGAUAGGCCCCAUUAUGUUCUGUAAUCCUCACUGCAGUCAGUAUGGCCACACUAUUGUUCUUGGUUAAUAUUAGCAGUCAAUGCCUCUGUCUGGGUGGCCGGACUACAAUGUAUUCCAAUCGUAAAACUAGCAUGCAUUAACGGGACAAUGUGCUGGGCUCGGGGGGAGACUUGGGGUCUUCCCUCCACCCCCUACCCCCUUCUUUAAAACAAAAAAAAAAAAAAAAGGUAAAAAAAAGUAUACUAGCUUCUUCCCCUUUUCCUCCUCUCUUUUUAAACUAAUGAUUUCAAGUGAUCUCACCUACCAGGGUGCCUCAUACAACAGCAGCAUUUUAAUCUGCACCUUAUCUAGUUACGGAGUUAUUUUCUCACGGAGCCCCACUUGUCAAAGAGCAGCAGAUAGGCCAAAAUGUCAAUGGUUGCUUUCAACCUUCCCCAACAAGCAGAUUACCUGCCCUUAUCAGUCCCCCUACCUGUUUAAAGCAUCCCACUGAUAAUUAAAUGCACCAGUUACAAAAGGGUGGCAAGGUUAAUAGACAGAAUACCUAGUAGCCAGCCAAGCAAAACAGUCAGGUUCACAUGGAGCAAGCCUGAACAAGAAGCCUUUCUACUUAUUUACCUAAGUGCCUAAGAACUGGGUUGAGCUGGUAAAGGACUCUGGAUGUUUGACUAUUUACAAACCACUUUAACCACUUCUAUCCACUUUUUGCAGUUUCUUCUGAACACUACAAGAAUAAUGAGUGUAAUUUACGCUGCAGAAUAGUGACCACAGAACCAUGAGCUCCACAGACUAACAAGGAACAAAUGCAACAGCUUCUAGUUUUGACAUCUUUCCUUGUGUUAAAACACAGGGGUUACCAGUUCAAUUAUUAUAACUGAGUCAAUUAACACAUAAAAUUUCUGUUCAUCUAGAGAAAUUCAAAGGCAAGCUUAGUUUCAGUUUCCAAAACCAAUCGUGUCAUUUGUGUUAUCUACUGAGAUACCUCUCCUUAUCUACAGAGAAGUACUUUUAAGAACUGUAGCUUAAGGCUUUUGCUUCGCAGGGCAUCAGAACUGCGGGAGUGAAGCUGGAACAAACAGCUCAGACCCAGGUUCAGCAGCUUUAGAACCAGCUGACUUCUACUGCAGCCUGCAGCCCACUGGGAAGCGAUGUUUCCUUGACUGAACUGCAACUUUAAGCAUAAAGCAUCGAAUUUUUGCAAUUCAUUUUCAGCCACGCUGACUUCCAGCUGCAUAAACAAGCUGACAGUGCUGGAUGUGUGUAGCCUGAGAAAGUUUAGGAAUAAGCUUCAGUGUCAAGCCCAAUCCAGCUGCCACUGAAGUUAAACUGGAGCAGGCCUUUAUUAUAACAAGAACAAAAAUUCUGGAACAGGCAAGAUGAGGAUUUAUUUUUAGACACAUUAUGUUAAUAUAGUCAAAUGGAUUUACCAUGAAGAUGAAGCUCUGAACUGUCUGGAAGACAAAAAAAACCUCUUUAAACAUAUAAGAAGUCCAAAACCUCUGAAUGGCUGCAUCACUUUUCUCCAGUCCUGGGAAAAAAACAGCCUUGUGAUGCUAAUUAUGCUUUAGAUGUCACUUAAUACUCCCAGCUCUGUUUUGAAUAGUUAUCCUAGGCAAAACAUUACACGUUGAGUGCUAAGAUUUAUUCUUAUAUUAUUAAUCAACAACAAAUGACAGAGCAUGGAUUUGAUUAAUAUGCAUCUUGUUAUUAUAAAAAUUUCUUCUGAUCUGCCCAUGCUCCAAGAUGACUUGUCAUGCAUUGUUCAAGAAAAGCUUGAACAAUAAUCUAGCAUUUGCUUCUAUAAGUUUUCAAGAAGUUAACUGGAGGGAGAGAAGAAACAAAAUCAAAAGCCGAAUUUUAGUGUUACAACUGUAACAUACAGGGCUUAAAAGAGAAAAUAAAGCAGCCCUGGAUAUUCCACAAGUCCCGGCUGACAGCGGAGGCAGGAAUUAAGCCUCGCUGCAAGGAGCGCUCCCGCGUUUGCCAUCUCCAGAGAAGUCAGGGCAGCAGCCCCGCUCCGGCCGGAGGAGCCGUGCAGCACGCCCGUCCGGGCUCCGGCAGACCCGCAAGCGCCGCGGAGAGCGGCGAGGCCGUGCCCGGUUUUCAAGCACAGGGGAAAUGAUUUUCUCUUCAAUUGCUCCUGAUCUCAGCCCUGAGGCUGGACCACUUCAGGUGGGGUGAAGGACAUCCCUUAUUUGUGGCACUGUGGCAGCAGGACAGCUUGGUGAAGACCUGAAAGAAAAGGAGCCUGGCUGUAGAAUUGGACCCUUAAAACCAAUUAACUUCUUUGAAGCACGGUCACCAUGCAGUGAGUGAUGAUCCCAGCCCGUCACUGCUCCUCUUGUCCAGCCACCAGCAGCUCCAUCCCUUUUCCGUGGGGCCUGUGCAGUGCCAGGGCUCGCCCAUCGUUGCUGGGCAGAUGUGGCUGCCUGACCAGAGAGUUUGUCUCCCAGUCUUCACUUGGGACUCCACUCCAUGGGCUUCAAAUUUCUACCUGGGAAGCUGCUGUGGUUGGAGCUGCAAUAGGCUGAUGGAUAAAUCUAUGUCCCAUCCUCUCUGCUUAAUCUGGGAUUCUCAAAGAUUUUCACAUUUCAGAGAAGAUGCUGCACCAACACAAUGCUGUCCACGUCUGGAUAUGCCACAGGGGAAAUGAGCUGAGUGCCCAGUGAACUUUAUUGCUGUAGAGAACCUGGCAGAACUCAUCACACCUUGUAGCUGACACCUUCCUGUGGCAGGUUCAGGUCUUGUCUCUUUGUUUCCUUGAACCUUUCAAGAGUUCCAGCCUGACCUCACUUGUGUUGUACUAUGGAGUGCCUAGAAAAUAUAGAUGCCCUAAGCCCUCACUCAGGUUCCCAGAACGAGGCUACAACAUGUUUGGCUCCAUGACUUAAUUGAGUGUUCCAGGUGAUGAGUCCAGAGAAAAGCACUGUUUGUUAUCCAGCAAACCACAUCAUAGUGGAAGAUUGCUUGGAGGGUGUUUGGUACUUUAAUAUCUGAGAGAAAGUGUCCAAAUGAAACCAUAAAUGGCUCAGCUUUGUCCAGAGGAAAUUCCAGACCUAUUUGUUGAUGGUUCUUGACACUGAGCCCUCCACCUCAGGAAGCAAAGAAACUUUCUUCCCCAGCAAACACUAUAACUGGACCCAAGAAAGCUAUGCAGUCUUCCACAGGAGGGUAGAGAUCCCUUUUUAAAGGGGUUUCUUAGGGUCUCCCCCGUUAUUCUGCAGCAGCCAAGGAAGAUCAAUGUUCAUCAAGUGAUUUGCAGGUGUGCCAGCCACGGUCAGCCAAACCACGGUGCUCUGGGAUUCAAACAGCACUAAGGAGCCAACCUGCAGGGUGUCACAGCAUCUGCAGCUGCCUCAGGUCAUGCUGCUGCUGUUGUGCAUCUGAGUCCCAGUGGUAGAAAUGAAAAGGUUCAGAGAAUCAUGGCACUGAGGAAAGGCCCAAAGCUGCACUCUCCUCCUGACAGCUUCUCUUUACACCACAGUUUUUCCUCUGAGCAUGUUCCAGUGUCUCUGCACUCCCAGUCCACCUGCAGCAGCUGGGGCCAGCCAAAGCAGGCUCUCGUAACCUGGCUUUCCUUGUGGGAGCUUCUCACAGCACAAGCAAGCUCCUUACCAGCAGAUCACAGGUGUUCUCCACAUGAAGUGAGCAGUCUGGGAGAAGAAAUUCUGCAAAUCCACUCUGAACUCAGGAAAGGGAGGUUCUACCAAGCCUUCUGAACUGAGGGAAAAUACAAAAGGCUCCCCUUUGCAAUUGUGCCUGAUCGAGCAUUACCAGGAAAUGCAGAAAUGUGGAGCCAGACUGGUACUGAGCAGUACUAGCUAAGCUUUUUACAGACUGAAGAUCUUUCUGCAAGUGGGUCUCAGCACCAUCAGCUGGUACUGCUUAAAGAGAUACCAUGGCUUUUCUCUGGGAAUGGCAAGUGUGUUCACCAAAAAGCACCACAGAGGAACUGGAGCCUUGGCAGGACCAGGAAGGUGCCCAGGGCAGCUCUGCAAGGAAAGUGAGUGCCUUCACUCCUCUGUCAUCACCAGUCCCUGAGAGCCAUCACCACCCACCAAGAGUUCCUUGAGAUAAGGCUGAGCCAGCUGGGAGAAUAAAGCCUUUGAUAUUCCCUGCCUUGCUGAGUAGUAUAUUCAUUGCUACAUUAGUAGCCCAACUUACUCACAAGGAGGAAAAAGUGAUUUCUCUAUAAGCAGAAAUAGAGAUGAGGAAAUGUUUCACUCCGGAUGCAGUGAGAAGUGUGGUAUUGAAGCAGUUCUGGAACAGGCAGUGUGGACGCAAGAAGAGGUCUUUUCCCAGGCCUGAGCACCUUGCAUUUCUCACAACACAAAUAUGGCAUUGCUGCUUCUGGAACCAGGGCCAGCUCACUGCAGUGCAGCACGCCAGAGGGAGGCAAGUCAAUUUGCCACAACACCUUUUUCAUCUUGCUGCCUCACUCACUGCUGCUGUUACAGAUGGCCAACAUUUGUGUCUUAAACAUUUAUCAUGCAAAAUAGAGACUUUUGCAUGAAAAGUAUUUGGUGCAGCAAAAUAUUUUCCUUAAGUUUUAAUUUUCAUCUUGUUUCAAUCUUCAGGAAACAUUUUGAAAUUUUACAUGUUGUUUUUUCUUUUUGUCACCUUCCUUCUGCCUCACACUGUUUUCUGAACACAGUAGGUGUUUGCCAGUGUUGAAGGGUUCAGUGGGAGGGUCAUUUUCUCCUUUUUGUUCCCACUUAUUUUAAUUUUUUUCCAAUUAUUCAAGGCUUUACCUAUAUUGUUAGUGUAAUGCAUUAAGAGUUUGGCUAGCAUAGGAUCUCAGCUUCCUGUCACACCUCUCAAUGAAAUAAGUACAAGACAAAAGAUUAUAUUAGAAUCAUCUUUUUUUCUCCUUCAUCACAAGUUUGUUAAAUUACUAAAUAGAUGUAAAAAUAGAUAAGUAUUUCUUAAAAUUUUGACAUUGAGGUUUUCAAUGAAGUCAGUGGCAUAUAGAAACUAUUACCUGGAAAGAAAUAGGUGUAAAAAAUUUUACAAGUAUUUUGGGUAAAGGAAUGCAAUUUGUCUCAUUUUGAAUUCUGAAAUAUAAACAACUUUAUAACUGAAAAUUAAAUUAUUAUUUAGAAAACUCCA